GCUCGUGUCUCGCGCCAUACGCAUCAUCACCCUUCGCCCAGAACCCACAGUAGUCUCUGGACUGCUCCCUCACAUUCACAAUGGCAUCAAAGUUCCUCCGAGAGUACAAGCUAGUAGUAGUUGGCGGCGGUGGAGUGGGAAAGUCGUGCUUGACCAUCCAGCUGAUUCAGAGCCACUUUGUCGACGAGUACGACCCGACUAUUGAGGAUUCGUAUCGCAAGCAGUGUGUCAUCGACGACGAAGUCGCCCUGCUCGAUGUGCUCGACACAGCCGGCCAGGAAGAGUACUCGGCGAUGCGGGAGCAGUACAUGCGGACUGGCGAGGGUUUCCUCCUCGUCUACUCCAUAACCGACAGGCAGAGCUUCGAGGAGAUCAUGACAUUCCAGCAGCAGAUCCUGAGAGUCAAGGACAAGGACUACUUCCCCAUGAUUGUCGUCGGCAACAAGUGCGAUCUUGAUGGCGAGAGGCAAGUGUCGACACAAGAGGGCCAAAACCUGGCACGACAGUUUGACUGCAAGUUCAUCGAGACAUCGGCGAAAUCGCGCAUCAAUGUCGACAACGCCUUCUACGAUAUCGUACGAGAGAUCCGCAGAUACAACAAGGAGAUGUCAUCAUACCCAGGCGCUCCUUCAGGAGGGCAGGCCCAGAACGGCAUGGGCAAGAUGGGCGUCGAUGAUGACUCAGAGAAGAAGGGUUGCUGUGGGUGCGUAGUAAUGUAAGGAGCUGGGAACCCGUUGUUUGUCAUUGUUUGUCGCGCCACGCUGUGAAGAGAAAGAUACCUACCUACCUAUCUACCCACCACCACCAUCACCAUCACCACCACCGUUCGAUUCGAUCUCGGUACCUCCGCCCUGGCCAUUGGCGGUACUGCCGGGGCCCAUAGGGAAAACAUACGAUACCAUUAGCAUUUAUUAUCAGUUUGACUUCGCUUCACGGUCUGACACUCGACCGCUCCUCCC